AUGAUCUCUUCUCCCAUUUUCCAACUUGUAUUCCAAUAUACAACCUCCUCUUUUUUUCAAUCGAAAGUAGUUAUUCCUAAAAAUGGCUGAUGCCUUUCUGUCAUUUGCAGUUCAAAAACUGGGUGAUUUCCUCAUUCAACAAGUUUCCCUGCUUACAACUCUUAGAGAUGAAGUUAGAUUGCUGAGAAAUGAGCUGCUCUUCAUACAGUCUUUCCUUAAAGAUGCAGAACAAAAGCAAUGUGGAGAUCAAAGAAUUCAACAAUGGGUGUUUGAGAUCAACUCUAUUGCUAAUGACGCUGUUGCUAUACUCGAGACUUAUAGCUUCGAGGAUGGUAAACGUGCUAGUCGUCUCAAGGCUUGCGCUUGCAUAUGUAGGAAGGAGAAGAAAUUCUACAAUGUCGCCAAGGAGAUCCAAUCACUCAAGCAACGAAUCAUGGAUAUCUCUCGCAAACGAGAGACUUAUGGUAUUACAAAUAUCAAUAGUAAUGCAGGAGAAGGGUCAAGUAAUCAGGUUACAACAUUGAGGAGAACUACCUCAUAUAUAGAUGAUGAUGACAUUUUUGUUGGCUUUCAGGAUGUUGUACAAACAUUGCUAGUUCAACUUCUCAAAGCAGAGCCUCGUAGAAGCGUCAUCUCCAUUCAUGGCAUGGGCGGAUUAGGCAAGACCACUCUUGCAAGAAACCUCUACAACAGUCCUAAUAUAGUCUCAAGCUUCCCUACACGUGCUUGGAUAUGUGUUUCUCAAGAGUACAACCCAAUGGAUCUUCUUAAGACUAUCAUAAAAUCCAUCCAAGGUUGCACCAAGGAAACUCUAGAUCUGUUGGAAAAGAUGGCAGAAACAGAUCUAGAAAAUCACCUUCGUAAGCUAUUAAAAGGAAGCAAAUACCUUGUGGUGGUUGAUGAUGUGUGGCAGAAAGAAGCAUGGGAGAGUUUNUCCCGGACAGCAAGAAUGGCAGCAGAGUUAUUAUCACCACGCGCCAAGGGGAUGUCGCUGAAAGAGCAGACGAUAGAGGUUUUGUCCAUAAACUUCGCUUCCUAAGCCAAGAAGAAAGUUGGGACC